AUGGCGAAGAAGGGCGACGAUACGGCAUCUGCUCUACGCAUCCGGGAGAAUCAGCGCCGGUCACGCAACCGCCGCAAAGAGCUGAUUGACGAGCUUCAGGGGCGCAUCCAAAAGUACGAGCGCGAAGGUGUCGCAGCUACGCAGGAAAUGCAACGCGCUGCACGUAAAGUUGCUGAGGAAAAUGCGCGAUUGCGAAGUCUUCUUGCACACCAUGGUAUCUUGCAAGAUGAGGUAGAUGCCUUUCUGCGAUCUUGUGACGAGCCCGCAUUGCCAAAUGAUGCUUCACUCAAUACAUCAGUACCGUCAGCGCAGCAACCAGGCGCAGUGCCUGUGAAUGCGCUGGUUACAGCCCCCAAUGAAGCACAAUUCUCCGACAACGGCAACGGUCUCGAGAUAUCCUGCGAAACAGCCGCUACCAUCAUCGUCGAAAUGCGCGGCGACGGCGACGUAGAUUCCAUCCGUGCCUCGCUAGGCUGCACCAGCCGUGAAGAAUGCAGUGUCAGAAACUCGACUGUGCUGCAAAUCAUGGACGAGGGCUGA